UGUGUUUAUAAAAAUCAAAGGUGUGUUAGAUCUUGUAAUGGUCUUCCUAUUCUCUCUAAUCACUAGCCACCGCUUCAGUCCUUGCACCACCUGCACUGCACUGUUCUGCCACUCUUCCGCCACACGGUUUUAGUCACCGCUGCACCGAACACUUGCUCACGGAUUAUUUCCGGAAUUCAGGCAUUUAACACUUUUCCAUAACUAAGUCAAAUUCGCACAUGGGAAAUGAAGUUUAGUUGAUAUUUAUUAAAAACAACAGGCGGGUUUUAAAAUCUUGCACACCACACCAGUUCUGACGAGGAAAAUGUGCAAAUGGCACCUUGACUUCAUACAAUGUGCUCUCAAUUUCAAUCCACAACCUUGAACAUUGUGUGAAUGUGAAAAGAAACAAAAAGUUGUGUUUGAAAGUUGAAAGGGUUGGAUUGAGAGACAUGGGUGGGAGCAAGAAAAGGAAGAGAAACAAACAGCAACAAGAAAGCAAUGACAUUGUAUAUUCAGAAAGCCAACCAGACUUUGCUCAUUUGGCAAUUCUCUACCCUUCCUUCCAGUCAUUCGUCCAACCCUCACCUUCUCAUAUGCGCCUCACCAUUGAUUGGACCGACUUCAACGCCACACGGGAACUCACACGUAUCUUGCUCCAUCAUCGUCACACUUUGACUUGGUGGAUUCCCGAUGGACAACUCUGUCCCACUGUGCCCAACCGCUCCAAUUACAUUCACUGGCUUGAACAUCUUCUUUUAUCUAACAUGAUUCCUGGGAACAUUUCAAGUGAUUCCAAGGUCAGGGGAUUCGACAUAGGAACUGGAGCUAGCUGCAUUUACCCUCUUCUUGGUGCUUCCCUCCAUGGCUGGAGUUUUGUUGGAUCAGAUGUGACUGAUGUAGCAAUUGAGUGGGCAGAAAAAAAUGUUAGUAGUAAUCCACAUAUUUCUCAUCUGAUUGAAAUCAGAAGGGUUCAAGACAAUAACGCUCCCUGUGUGGAAGUUGAAGAUUUAGUGAACAGUGACCAGAUAACUUUGUGCAAAAAAACUGAUAUGGAGGUAGCUCCUUUGCCUCUUGAUUUGCAUGCCUGUGAGAAUAAGAGUUAUCGUGGACCUCCCAUACUUGUUGGUGUGGUCAGGGACGGUGAGAAGUUUGAUUUUUGUAUGUGCAAUCCACCAUUUUUUGAAAGUUUGGAGGAAGCUGGACUCAAUCCCAAAACGGCUUGUGGUGGAACUUCUCGUGAAAUGGUUUGUCCUGGCGGUGAAAGGGCCUUCAUUACUCGUAUCAUUGAAGAUAGUACACAAUUGAAACAGCAUUUUCGGUGGUUCACUUCAAUGGUUGGUAAAAAGUCAAAUCUUAAGUACCUCGUAUCAAAACUUUGGGGGGUUGGCGUUUCGAUAGUGAAGACAACUGAAUUUGUUCAAGGCAGGACAUACCGGUGGGGGCUUGCUUGGUCAUUCUUGCCACCUGUGCAGAAGUCAUCAAUUUCUUUAUCCAAUAAAAAGAACACAUCCUUCACGCUUGAGGGUCUUCAACGCCAACAUGGUGCCAUUAAUGUGUUGGAAAGUGUUAAGUCUCACUUCUCUUCAUAUGGUCUAUCCUGCUCAUUGAAUACCUCCUCUUUCACAGUGGAUGUUGCAGUAACAAAAGAUGAGUGUGAUUCAAUCUUGAGGAAUGAAUUAACAAUUGUCAAUGAUUCCACUGAUUGCCAACCUACAAGAGAGACAUCUAAUGAAUCGAGUUUGAAUUUUUCUCUCGAGAGAUUAUGCUUUCGAAUAUCGGUUUUUCAGCAAAUCCCUGGGACACUGUUGGUGAAAGGCUCAUUACAAGACAAGGAUAGCCCGUUAUCAGGAGCAUUCUCUGUGAUUUUCCGAAAAUUAGAGGAAGCUUUGCGGAGUAAAUUUUGAACUAAAUCACUGUAGGUUUUUUAUUAUUUGAUGAGAUGUUCUUGAAUGCUACUUUGCGGACUAAUCAUUUAUACAAAGCAAUUAGUGAUGGUUUU